UUGUCAAUUAAACACAAAUAAAUAACAAAGAUUUAAAUGAAAAACGAAAAAUGAGUGCUUUAAUUGCGUUUGCUACCAUAUUUAUGGAAACUGAGGAGCAUGCAGAAGAAGCCCUUAAUAGAAGAAUACUGCGGGAUCAUUCCAAUCCGUUAGAGGUUCCUGAAUCGGUUUUCGUGUCCAACUACAGAGUCAACAAAGAUGCCUUUAUUAUGCUGUUGAACGUUGUUGACCCUCACAUAAAAGGCACAUCCAUUCCAACGCAACUGCAACUGGCAGCUACUUUGAGAUUCUUAGCUGAAGGCGGUUUUCAGAAAGCAGUGGGAAAAGAUAGCUGCAUUGCAAUGGGCGAAGUACGGUGGCUAAAGUAA